UACAAAUAACCAAUAACUCGCAGAUCAUAGCUGCCCAAUCAAUUUUAUCAUGUUAUGCUUCCAGACUAUCACUACUCUCUAGUCUCUAUUAAGGUCCAAAUACCAGGACCGUUGGCUGCAAUGGCGCUAUGUGUUUAACUGACUGUGUGACCUGUAAUGUUUCCGCUACCGAUGACCCAAAUGAAUGGGUUAGCUAGACAAGCAGAGCUUUUAGUUUCACGAACCGAAUGCUUUAAUUUAUGGACGUUUUUCAUUAGGGGUAGAAGAACAUACACGAAACCCCAUUACAGAAACUCCUAUGAUUACACAGACUUGCUUCAACAUUGCAGGAACACCAAAUCAAUCAAGAAACUCCACGCCCAGAUCAUCAUCGGAGGUCUACACCAAAACCCAUAUGUGGCUUCAAAGCUAGUAGGCAAGUACGUGGAGUGUGGUGACUCAAGUAUGGGAGAUGCACGGAAGGUGUUCGAUGAAUUGACUGAGAGAGAUGUGUUUGUAUGGAACAUGGUCAUUCAGGGUUAUGCAAAUGUUGGUCCUUUUGCUGAGGCCCUUAAAAUGUGUAAUAGAAUGAGGCUGAGUGGGUUAUCCCCAAAUCGGUAUACUUACCCUUUUGUGCUUAAGGCUUGUGGAGCAAUGAGAGAUGGAAAGCAGGGUCAGGUUGUUCAUGGGCAGAUUGUGAAAUCUGGGCUUGACUUGCAGUUGUUUGUGGGGAAUGCUCUUGUGGCAUUGUAUUCUAAGUGUGAGGAAGUUGAGGUAUCGAGAAGAGUGUUCGAUGAAUUGCCUCUGAAAGAUCUUGUUAGUUGGAAUUCCAUGAUUUCGGGGUAUGCCACGAAUGGAUACCCGAAUGAGGCUGUUGAAAUUUUUCGUGCAAUGAUACAAGGUCCUACUACAUGCUUGCCUGACCAUGCCACUCUGGUUUGCGUGCUUCCGGCUUGUAUUGAAGCAUCUGCUAUUGAAGUUGGGUUUUGGAUUCAUUCUUACAUUGUGAAGGCGAGUAUAAAAGUUGACUCUGCUUUGGGCAGUGCUCUCAUUUCAAUGUAUGCAAACUGUGGUCGCGUAAGAGUUUCCAGAGUUAUCUUUGAUCGAGUAAGUGAUAAGAAUGUGGUGCUGUGGAGCGCCAUGAUGAGGUGUUAUGGAAUGCAUGGGCACACAGACGAGGUGCUUCAGAUGUUUUUGCAGUUUGAGGAGUCCGGUUUAUACCCAGAUGCUGUUGUGGUUUUGUGUUUAUUGUCCACUUGUAGUCACGCAGGGAUGGUUUCAAAAGGCUUGGAAAUUUUUGAAAAAAUGGAAGAUUACGGAGUAGAGAAAAACGAGAAGCAUUAUGCUUGCAUUGUAGACCUUCUGGGAAGAGCUGGGUUAAUUGACCGGGCAGUCAAGUUUAUUGAAAGCAUGCCCAUACAGCCAGGGAAAGAUGUAUACGGUGCACUACUUGGAGCUUGUAGGAUACAUAAUAACAUAGAACUUGCCGAAGAAACUGCAGAGAAAUUGUUUGUUUUGGAUCCUGGAAAUGCUGGGAGGUAUAUUCUUCUGGCCAGCAUGUAUGAAGAUGCAGGGCGAUGGGAAGAUGCAGCUAGAGUGAGGAGGCUAAUCAGAGAGAAGAACAUCAAGAAGCCAACUGGACGUAGUUCGAUUGAGGUGGAUUGCAUCUAUCACACAUUUGGAGCUGAUGAUGAGUCUCACCCAUAUACAGACCAGAUAUUUGACACAUUGGAGAGAAUGGAUAGGAUAAUGGAAGAAGCCAUAGUAAUGGUUUAGUGAUUACUCUGCCUCAGAAGAGGCACUGGAUACUUUAGGUGUAGAGCCAUGUAUAACAAGUAUGUACCCUGAAAUUUCAAAUUAACUUCAUUCUUUCUGCAAAGUGAAAAAGGAAUUGUAACUGGAUCAGACGUACUUUAGAAUUCAAGAAGACACGAAAAGAAAGGCAUUAGAAUGUACUUCUAGCUAGUUUUGCUGUAUGUGGGUCUGUCUUUUGGAGUUGAUUUGCUGUGUCUGUUGUUUUUCUGUGUAGCUGAUAACUCUUACAGCCCGAGUGUUGUCUGUACCAUGAUACAUUGUUCUUUGGUAGGUGAGUACUGGGAAAAUUAAAACCAACUUUGGCGGGUUAUUCUUUGGUAA